AUGGGUUCAUCACUACAUCUCGCAACUCUCUUCGUGGCAUUUUUUGUUGGCGUGCAGUGCUUCGGCUUGCACAGGCCGAUGCCACACACUUACCAACCAGAGCCGUGCUCUUCAUCAUGUGAAGAGAUAAAGACUCUGCUUAAUCUUGCCCGUAUUCUGGACGAAGAAGAGAAACCGAAAACUAAAUCAUUCAACCCGGAGGAAUUGAUUAUGAAAUUGGUCAAUGCUCUCGUUGUAACUUCGACGGCACAAACUAAAUGCAACUGCGAUUAUGGUUAUAAUGGUCGAUCAGAAUACUCCGGAGGGCGGGGAACAGCAUCGAGAGGACACAGAGAUGGCUUAGUCAACCUGGACCUAUUGAACCCAAACAAUCCUAACAAUGUCGCUCAAUUGGAUCUUGGGAAGCAAACCAUUGCUGGAGUAGGUCUUGGAGACACCACUAAUGGAGUUAUUGGUGGAGCGCUCAAAGAUCUUCUGUAG